UUCUACCCCACGUUCAAUCGAGUUAAGUUCCUCUAUUCCGAGGAGAGUGUGAAGGAGGAGAUGGAGCGGUGCUGGCACAUCUUCACUGACAUGCAGAAGUCCGAGGAUCCUGGCAACGACGAGCAGACAACUGGCACGCUCACUCAAGUCAAGAGGGAGCUGACCUCGGACGCCGAGGGCAUGCCAGAGGCGAAGGUCGCGAAGGCUGGCGACGCUUCCUGCGUGGUCGCCAAGGAGAAGAAGCGCUUGCAGAUUGCUGAGGCCGAUGCCAAGAACGUGGUUGCCUCGUUCACAACGACUAUGAGUGGCCUCAGCACGCUCCAGACAGCCUGUCAGAACAUGCCCGAGUGGACAUGGCUGAAGAACAACGAGCAGUACAUGUCCGACAUGGAGAAGAAGAUCAAGGACUGCAACGACGCGAUGCCCCCCCUGAUGGUUCGCAUGCAGACCGAGGCGAUGCCCAUGAUCAAAAAGUCGUUCGAGGUGGAGCAGUUGAUCGCCUCGUUUCGGGG